UGCUUCAUGAACCCAUCUUAUUUCGAAUGAAUGUAUGCAAAUGAAAAUAUCAAAUGCUGUGGAACAGUGCUCAUGUAAUAAUGUAGUCACAUCUUGUUUGUCCCGUUCUCUGUGCAGGCAGGCCUCGGCGGAAGGGAUGUUUGGGGCUGUUGACCGGCACGUUCGUCGUCUCUCUCCCUCCUGAACAGGAGUGGCGGGCAGAAAGCGAAGCAGGUGGCGAUGGCGUUGCAGGCUGCGCACUUGGAGGUGGAUGCCUUCCUCGUCUGCAUGGUCCAUGCUCUGAGCACUGAGCAAGAAGGGGUCAUGGGCCUCUGCCUCGGCGAGGUCAGAGCUGUCCGAAUUGCUCACAUUCGCUCGGUGAUCAUUCUGCUCCGGUCAGAUAAGAGGAAAGAUCAGGUGGGGAUUCCCCCAGAGCAGCUCUUGGCUGCUUCGACGGAAGAGGAGAGGUUGGCUAAGUUAACGGGACAGCCCACAAGAGUUGUGGGCUGGUAUCAUUCCCAUCCCCACAUCACCGUUUGGCCAUCGCACAUCGACCUCUGCACGCAAGCGAUGUAUCAGAUGUUAUACAGAGACUUUGUAGGGCUGAUCUCCUGUUUCGGCGAGGUCAAAAGCACAAAGACGGGCCGGAUCGUCUUCACCUGCUUCCAGUCCCUUCAAGCCACAAAGAGCUCCUGCAAAUAUGAAAGGGUUGAAAUUCCUGUUCACCUGAUUCCUCACACCGACAUGGGGAAAGCGUGUCUUGAGUCCAUGAUGGCGUUCUCCAGGAUCUUGCAUAAAGAGGAGCAGAAUGCCUUCAGGAAAAUCCAUAGCCUUUCUCAUCUGGAUCCUAUCACCAAGAUCCACAAUGGAUCGGUAUUCACUAAGAAGCUGUGCAGCCAGAUGUUGAUCGUUGGUGGUCCUCUGAUGCACUGGCUGGAGGGUCUCUUGAAGAGAAACGAAGAGAGAUUGCAGGCGCUGCAGCAGGAGAAACAGAAACUUCUGGAGGAACUCGCUGCCUUGGAGAGAGAAGAACAGAACCUCACGGCCUGAGAAAUGAAGCAACAGCCCAAGAAUUGUAAGCUUGGCUUCAUCCUGCGUUGCUGCUUCUCCAUCCCUUCCCAUCUUGUUGGGUGUGUUCUGUGUUUGUGCAGCACAGAAGCUUUAAGCUCACCGCACGAAACAUUUGUUUAGCAGAGUUGUAGUUUACUGCACACACACAAACAUGCGCUGCAUAUACAUAUGCUUUAUACCCGGUUACAAGUAGGACUCUCUCUGCUCCCAGAGAGGGUUUUUUUGCUUCAAAGUUCUUGCUGUCCCACAGUCUGCAGAAAGUUCUGAGCUCUUUCAAAACCCUGCAACUCAAAGCAGGAUUUUCUACUGCGGUUCCAGUCUGUCUCCUCCUGCUCAGAUCUCCCACACUUUCCUGACACUGAACACAGUUAAGCAGGCAAAUGAUAGUUUAUACCAGUAGCAAUUCAAAAUUAUACAUUUCAGAAUCCAUUCUUUUUGUCACUGGUUACAGAUAUCAAAAUUAAAUGGAGAAACAGCGGGGAAUGAAGAGGGAUAACCUAUGUGCACCAAACUGUAUUGUAUAAUGUAGGUACCUUCCUGCCAUAUGCUUCAUUUGUGAAAUUAAUAGUCACACCAAACCACAAAUAAAAUAAUCCCGUAUGGCUGGCGAAUGGUGUCUGGAUUUUAUGGGCUGCCCAGGCUGUGAACCCAAAGGGUAUUGGGUACUGAACCCCAACAUUUCUCCAGUAGAAGCAGGCCACUCCAGACACGGGGGUUGGACUAGAUGGGAUUUAGGUGCCCUCCCUGUGCCCU